AUGACGAACCCUUCGCAGCUAUUCCUACUCGCCGAUCACAUCAAAUUAUCCCUUUUAGAGCGCGAAAGGGCAAUCUCACUCGAUCUCGAACCUAAUUCCAAAGAUGGAGAGAUCUCUUGGUCCCUCGAGUCUCUCCGAGAGAGCAUAGAGGCCCUGGAAGCCGAGCAAACCCGGCUAGCCAACUCGCACGACAGCGCAGGCGCCGCCGCCCUGAAAGACCAACUCACCCCCCUCCAAGCCCAAUACAAAGAUCUGUCGACCCAGUUCUACGGCGCAGAUGGCGAGCCAUCAGCCAACAACACGACGCAGGCGUCGAAAUCCGCCACCCCCGAUCUCAAGCAGCCAAUCCCACAACAUCCACCUUCCAAAUCCGUCCGCUUUAUGGACAGCUCCGCCGCAGCGGCAGCCGUGCAAGAUGAAAUAGACGAGGAAGAAGAGCGCAACCGCAGCAACCUCUUCCGCCCAUACCGUGAUGAGCCAUCGCCGCGACCGGAUCAGUCAAACAUGGACAACCAGCAGAUCUAUGACCACCACGCUCAAACUAUGCGCGACCAGGAUGAUCAGCUGGAUCGGCUUGGUGAAUCAAUUGGAAGACAACACCAACUGAGUAUUCAGAUUGGGGAUGAGCUGGAUGGCCACGUUCAACUUCUAGAUGGGAUGGAUGGGGAUGUCGAGCGUCAUCAGACCCGACUAGACAGUGCGAGACGACGGAUAGAUAGGAUCCGCCGAAAGGCGGGUGAGAACUGGAGCAUGAUGACUAUCAUUGGAUUGAUCAUUAUUCUGGUCAUCUUAAUCGUGAUCCUGAAAUGA